ACACUCAUGUAGUUUACCACACACUACUGACAUUCAAACCUGUGACCUGUUGCUUUCCGUGAGAUCUUAUUUAAGCUGAAACCAUGAAGGUUCUUGCCUGUGCUCUUGUUGUGAUGCUUGUCUGCAGUGUGACUGUACACUCUCUGAGGUGCUUUACCUGCCAGGGGGACAACUGCAAGGUUGAAACUGAGUGCCCUGCUUCUGCCAACUACUGCAAGACAGCAGCCAGUGUUGAUUUUCUGUCCCGCACAUGUGAGGAGUUCUGUACACCUGAGGUCAACGUCCACUGCUGCAGUGAAGACUUAUGUGGUUAAACACAUAUCACAAGUCUACAGACAGACUUAUUAUUACUACAAAAAGAAAGAUUUACUAAUAACUGGUCAAAUGUAAUCACUUAUUGUUAAGUCAAUGAGCAUGGGCACUUAAUUAAACCUAAUAAAAAGAUCAUGAAAUA